AAAGGUCGUUACUACUUAUGGACCAGCCUAACAAAUCUGUCUGGCGCCCCUCAUGCUCUCCCACGGUUGCAAGAAAUUGAUAAGGCUCAAAGGCAUUUUAUCUAGCUAGGUCUGUCAAAGGAGCCACCUUUUCACCUCGGCGAAAAAGGUCUAUCGUUUUGCAAACGGCUGCAAUUGAUCAAACACGUCCAACGACAAUGCAGGCUGCGCAUUUACCUCCAGAAAUAUGGCUACAUAUCUUUCGUUGGGCAACAUCUCCACUGACUUCUGGGUCUUUCGCUCUCACAUAUGAGCCAUUUCAGAUAGGCUCAGAGGAUGUUCUCAAAGCCACCCUGCAAGUGAGGUAUGCCAUCGUGCGCGUCUGUUGGCUUUGGCGAGCACUUGCGAUGGAUUUGCUAUAUGAAGAUGUGAGGGUUAGGCAUGGUAUGCAGGCACUUGUCAGUGCUCUUAGGGGCGAUGAAUAUUUGGCAGAGGGGAACGGACGAUGGGUUCGACGACUCGAGUUACCGUAUGCGCACACAAACACCGCUACCAGCGAUAGCUCUGUCACCGCUCUUAAUAUCCUCAAACACUGUCCAAGUCUGGAAGUCUUAACCAGGCCUUUCCCUUCAGAAUCAGCAGAUAAUAUGCGGUUUGAAUUCAGCGCAGGACACGUCGUUUUGACGUCAUUGAAACGCUUGGAAUGGUGGCAUCAUAAUGGAGCUACCCGCUCAGGUGGAAUCAAUUCGCUCUACGAUGUCCUAAAGAAUGCUCCCAACUUACAAUACCUCGCCGUCGGUGGAUCAGUGUUACCGAGAUUCAUCUCCGUGGCCCCUUUGUGUCUGACAGCAUUAUCAACACUUCGUCUACGGAAAAUGAACCAUCUAUUUAUUCGCCAAUUAUGCCGUUGGGACUUGCCAUCUCUCGAGCAUGUCAUCGUCGAUGUACCUGAAACGUGGAAUAGAGCAUUGGAGGGCUUUUGGGAGACCUUUGGUGAUCGCCUUCGCACUGUCGAACUUGGCCAAAGUGUCGCAUUUUGUGUGAGUGAUCAAGUCACACUCGUUCUACAGGGCUGUCCGAGGUUAAAAGAGCUGAACUAUUACGUGUUUUUUACUUCGCCUGUUCGCUCUACUUUUGUUCACUCCUCCAUCUCUUGUGUAAGGCUACAUGCUCAUCCCAACCUUAUCCUGCUUCAUGAUGGGUGGGACUUC